GGGAGGCGGCGGCGGCGGCAUGGCCCGGGGGCCCCGGGGCGCCGGCUUCCCGCCUGGGCGCCUGCUGUCGCUCCUGCCGCUGCUCAGCCUGGCCCUCGGCGUGCCCCGAACGCCGGGCGCGGACGCUUUAGAUGUCUGUGCCACUUGCCAUGAACAUGCUACCUGCUUGCAAAGAGGAGGGAAGAAGAUGUGUAUUUGCAAAUACGGAUUUGUGGGCAAUGGGAGGACUCAAUGUAUUGAUAAAAAUGAGUGCCAGUUCGGAGCCACUGUGGUCUGUGGGAACCACACGUCUUGUCACAAUACACUUGGAGGAUUUUAUUGCAUUUGCCUAGAAGGAUAUCGAGCCACAAACAACAACAAGGUGUUCAUCCCCAAUGACGGCACCUUUUGCACAGACAUAGAUGAGUGUGAGGUUUCCGGCCGGUGCAGGCAUGGAGGACGGUGCGUGAACACUCGUGGGAGCUUUGAAUGCUACUGUAUGGAUGGAUACUUGCCAAAGGGUGGGCCUGAGCCUUUCCAUCCAACCAGAGAUGCCACGUCGUGCACAGAAAUAGACUGUGGCACCCCUCCUGAGGUCCCAGAUGGCUAUAUCAUAGGAAAUUAUACCUCUAGGCUUGGCAGCCAGAUUCGUUAUGCUUGCAAAGAAGGAUUCUUCAGUGGCCCAGAAGAUACAGUUUCAAGCUGCACAGCCUUGGGCACAUGGGAAUCCCCAAAAUUAAAUUGCCAAGAGAUCAACUGUGGCCGCCCUCCGGAAGUGCAGCAUGCGGUCCUGGUGGGGAAUCACAGCUCCAGACUGGGCGGUAUGGCUCACUAUGUCUGUCAAGAGGGCUUUGAGAGCCCUGGAGGAAAGAUCACUUCUGUUUGCACAGAGAAAGGGAUCUGGAGAACAAGUACUUUGUCAUGCACAGAAAUAAUUAUAGAAAUUAAUGACGUGUCAGUGUUUAAUAACACUUGUGUGAGGUGGCAAAUAAACCCAGGAAGAAUAAACUCCAAGAUCGUAUAUGUGAUAUACAUAAAAGGACAACGGUUGGACCCCAUGGAAACAGUUCAUGAGGAGACAGUUAAUUUGACCACAGACAACAGGACCCCAAAAGUGUGCCUAGAUCUGUACCAGGGCACCAACUACACCAUGCACAUUUCUAUUGCCUCUCCCAGACGCUCUGUGCCAGCCAUCAUUGAGUUCCAGACAGCUGGUGAUGAUCUCUUAGAAGAUGACAGGAUUUUCAAUAUUUCAGUACUUAAUGAAGCUUGUUUGAAAUUGAACAGGCAUUCUAGGAAAGUUGGAUCAGAACGAAUGUACCAAUUUAAAGUUCUAGGUCAAAGGCGGUAUCUGAAUAAUUUUUAUCACGCAACAUCAUUUAACUUCACAACGAGGGAACAAACCGCAGUGGUGUGUUUAGAUCUGUAUCCAGCAACUGAGUACACAGUGAAUGUCACCCUCCUGGGAUCUCCCGAGCAGCGCUCAGUGCAAAUAACAAUGACAACCGCACCAGCAGUAAAACAGACCAUCAGUAACAUUUCAAUAUUUAAUGAAACCUGCUUGAGAUGGAGAAGUAUGAAGACAGCUGAUAUAGAGGAGAUGUAUUUAUUCCACAUUUGGGGCCAGAGAUGGUAUCAGAAGGAAUUUGCCCAGGAAAUGGUCUUUAAUAUCACUGCCAGCAGCCAGGCUCCUGAGACGUGUUUGGACCUGAGGCCAGGUACCAACUACAGUGUCAGCAUCCAGGCUUUGUCUUCUGAACUUCCUGCGGUCAUCUCCCUGACAACGCAGAUAACAGAGCCUCCCCUUCCGGAAGUAGACUUUUUCACUGUGCACGGAGGGCCUUUACCACGCCUGAGACUGAGGAAAGCCAAGGAGAAAAAUGGACCCAUCAGUUCAUAUCAGGUGUUAGUGCUUCCCCUGGCCCUCCAAAGCACAUUUGUUUGUGAUUCUGAAGAGGCUACCUCAUUCUUUAGCAAUGCUUCUGGUGCUGAUGGAUAUGUGACGGCAGAACUGCUGGCCAAGGAUGUUCCCGAUGAUGCCAUGGAGAUAUCUAUCGGAGACAGGCUGUACUAUGGGAAAUAUUAUAAUGCACCCUUGAAAAUAGGGAAUGAUUACUGCAUUAUAUUACGAAUCACAAGUGAAUGGAAUAAGGUGAGAAGAAGCUCCUGUGCAGUUUGGGCUCAGGUAAAAGAUUCAUCGCUCACGCUGCAGCAGAUGGUAGGCGUCGGGCUAGGCUCCCUGGCUGUUGUGAUUGUCCUCGCAUUCCUCUCCUUCUCAGCAGUGUGAUUGCCAAUGCUGCGUGAAGAGGAUGCGCUGCUGCUGGGGCAGAUGUUAUGACAGCUUCUCAGGUGUCUGCACAGAGGCCCUGUGUGUGCGUGGGCCUGCAAUCCCAUUCCUGGAUUCAAGACGGUGACUAUCUCUUUGGAAUCCCCCAAAAGGAGGACACUCGGGAAUUGUUGAUGUCUUCCCUGCUACACGACCAGUUCUGUGUCUCUGAACUUGAGAACCUUGAUGUACAAUGUAAUAUUGACCACAGGCUACAGGUCACAUGGACUGGCCUGUGUUCUCCUCUGAGUGAUGCCUGAGAGUCAGCUCCUCUAGGCACUGAAUGCAAGAGACUGUCUGCCUCUUCCUUUGUAGCAUCUCUGUCAUUAAUUCAGAAUCCAUUCUUUUACAAUAAGUAAUGAGAUAGACUGAAGUGUGGGCUAGAAUUUGACUUUAUGAAGGAGGUCAUUGCAAAGGCUAGAGAUCAUUGACAUAGGCAAAUACGGUAAACACUUCAGAAGCCCUUUUCCGACAAUUGGUUGACACACUAAUUAGAAAGUAUGCUAGCCUGGCCACUCCAGUAAGUUCCCUGCAAUAUCUGUUAGGCAGUGUUGCUUUGAUACAGUUCCUUUUGUCUUAUAUGUAUUCAAAAGCCAUAAGCCUUCAUUCCAGUAAAAAUAUUCUGUUAAGUUAGACAGUUCUCUUCCACAUGAAUGUUUAGAACAGCCUUGGCAAUUUUUUUUUUCACUGAACAUUUCCUAAAAAUGCUCCAUGCCUCCUUUUAGACUUGGGGGUGGAGUGGUAACAAUGGGUUGCAACAUUAUGAAGCCCACGGCCAGAGUCCUGUGUUUAUAGGGGAGGGGAACCAUGCAGGCGACACGAUCGUCCCUUUUAUCUACAACGUCGGUAGCUAUGAGUGUUACUUUAUCAUGAACCAUGUCCCGGAACUACUGUCAAUAUGCUGAAUUUACAGAUGGAGUGGAUUCGAUUUGACUUUUCAAGCCUGAAUCAGUGUUCUUGAACUUUCCUCCCUAACCAACAAUGUAACUCCAAGGCUCAGCAAGGAACGAAGGGAGAAGAAGGAUGGAGGCUUGUGGCUUCUCUAAGUGAUGGUGGUGUCCUCCUAUGCCUUCUCCCUCCCUCUCCAGGCCUAGAGACUAGAAAUCAUGGGGAGAGGUGGGAGGGGACAGUGAUAUUGCCCAACUCGGGGUGAAGCAUAUAUGAACGUGGUCCUAGUAUUGGGCGACACCACAGUCCUGAGGAAAAGGGGCAGCCUUUCCCACAUGGUGGGCUGGUGUGUUCUCCACCGGCUCACUGGGCACCAGUGAGGGACACAUCUGAGCAGCCUGGGCUUGUAGGCAGAUGAGGAGACAUGAGCAAUGAUAAGAACAGGUGGCAACUCUCUAUGAAGCUGCUUCCCCAGGGGCAUCUGACCCAAAGCAUAUCCUCUCAACUGGGAAGAGUCAGAGAGAGGGAAGUGAUACGCUGAUGCUUGAGUUUUCAAGGCCAGCUGUCAGCCCUGGCCCCAGCCAGUACUGGGCAGUAUUAGGGAUAAUUGUCCUUUGUCCUCUGAGGUGUCGUCUCAGACUACAACUUAGGAUCAACAUGUAGAACACUUCCUGCUCUCAUUCAGGUGAACUGUAGAGUAGAACUCUCAAUAGACUCAUACAAAUAGCUUCCAACUUUUAUUUUUUAUGUGCAACAAUUCAAACUCAUACAGUUUUCACAGCUCUUGAAUUAAAUUUGGAAUCUUUACAAAUUAUUUGGUUAGUAUUAGGUAGGGUCUCUGAUGAGUAAGGAUUUUCCUCCAAGCCUCCUCUAACCAAAGAGAGAAUCUGAGUUUCUCCCGCUUAUUAUUAUUUUUUACCAGCUCUGUAAAUACCAUAUGUCUCUGUAGUCCCCCUAAUUUCAAGUUCUAGAAUUAACUGUCAAAGAAGCUACCUUUGUCCACAUGGGAACUUAGCAUAAUUGUCAUCGAAAGGAAGAAGUCCUAUUUGCUUGGUGUCAAAAGUUUCUCGUUAAGAAAACUGACUAAAUAUGAAGUAAAAUGUACUUCUGCGUACAGUGCAGAAAUGUAAAAGCAGUUCAUGAAAGAAUACUGAAGUAACAAAAACAUAGAUUUUGUCCCUUCCUCUAAAUGUUCCAAACGAUAGCACAGAGUUGCUCAGUGUUAAUACUUAACAGAAGUAGGUGCUGAGCAUUUUCCUGCAGUUCUUUUCUGAUCAUUUUCUCAUGCACAUGAAGGCAGCCUUAAGUUCUCUGAAUUCGCCUGGUAGCUUAACCACAAUACCGUCCCUUUUUUUCCCAAGUGGAUUCCUGGUUAAGGCGGGAAGAGCAUCUCAGGAAACCAAUAGUGGGUCUUCCUAGAAGCAUGCAGGGUCCUUCUGUUGAAGGACUGAUCAGGUAGCAUUCAGAGUUGGGUUAUGAGUGCCAUUAAAUAAAGCUGGAUCCUCAGAUAGUGAUGGAAGAAGGAUCUUUUCCUUAGUAACUGUCUUGGGGACAGUGUGUAGAGGCGAGUGCCAAGAUCCAGUCUUGAGCUCCCUUCUAGACUAGGAAUCAAAACGGAGGGUUGCCCAGAUACGGAGCAGAUUGUGCCCUGGCUGAAUUUUUUUUUUUUUU